CUCUCGAAGAUUUAACCGGCGGUGUGUCUACAGGCUAUGCAACAAGUGAAAUAUUAGAUACUGAUCGAUUAUGGAAGGAAGAUUUCCUCAAUGUAAACAGAUCGGUAUUGCUUGGUUGUGGCAGAACCGGACUUGGAAAAACAAAAGGACUAUUAGACAAACAUGCGUACAGUAUUUUAGACGCAACAGAAUACCAAGGCACAAAACUAGUAAAAAUACGAAAUCCGUGGGGAAAAAUGGAAUGGAGUAAUGGCA